GUCAAACCGUUUGAACUUACACCAAUAUACACCAUGGCCAGUAAAUCAAAGCAGUAUCAAGAGCCUACUGCUACCUCGAUAGGUAUCGACUCAGGUGCAUUGUUGUCCCUUGUUAGACACACCUCUGAGAAUUACCCAUCCUUGUACUCGGGACCAUUAUUUGGAUUCGAAGAUGACAAUGGAUCUGUUGAUAUUUCUCACAUUUAUCCAUACCCAUACCCAGAUCAAUACGAAGGUGGCUCUUUGAGAUCAAGAAGUGGUGCCAAGUACCAACAAGAAAUCUUGGACUCGUUGAAGACUUUGGAUUAUGGUGUGGAGUUCCAAGGUUGGUUCCAAUCAACCCUUUCAGGAAGCUUUAUCACCAGUCAGUUGGUGGAAUCCUUAGCACAACAGCAGUUGACCAACAAAAACGCGUUCAUAUUGGUCCAUAACAUGUCCUCCAUCGGAAAAGAGCUUGAUUUGAAAGCUGUAAGAUUAACCAGAAACUUUGUCACUACCUACGUGGAAGGAAAAUGGAAGUCCAAGGAUUUGGAAACUAACAGAUUGUCAUACUUGAACAUCUUUGAAGAAAUACCUAUCACCAUCAAUAAUCAGGCAUUGGUGAAUUUAUACUUGGCAUCAGAGACCGACACUCCCAAAAGCACCAACGAGUUUGAUAUUUUGAACUUGUCCUCCAACCACAACUUGACUGCUAAAUUGUUGGAAAGCUUGUCAGGACAAAUUGACUCCUACAACUUUGACCAAACCAACUUUAACUACUACCAGAGAAUGUACCUGAAAGAAAACUUGAAGAUUUUACAAUGGAAACAAAACAGAAGAUUGGAGAACUUGGAGAGAAGUAAAGCGGGCCAAAAAGAAUUGGACACCAACGAAUGGCAGUCAUUAUUUAAGCUCCCAGCCGAGCCUUCAAGAUAUAACAACAUGUUGCAUUCGAGUGCCAUUGAUAAUUUGGCCGAUGACUUGUUGAAGAAAUGUAAUGAGGAGUUGACCAAAAGCUUUGCUAUCGAAGGUAAGUUUGCUAAUGAGUAGAUGUAUUUAAUAGAUAUCAGUACGAUUUUCCGAGACAG